AUAGAAAGGGGAAAGAGAGAAGGGAAAACAAUACACACCCAAAAAUGGAGGGAACUGAACGACCGGCGGCGGUAGCGGCGGUGGAGACCGACACGUGGCUUAGGAAGCACCGCCUUAUCUACCUAGGAGCAACCAGACAUCCUUUCACUCUAAGCAUUCGCGACGGUACCGUUGACCCAUCUUCCUUCAAGCGCUGGCUGGGACAAGAUUACAUAUUUGUCCGAGCAUUCAUCCCGUUUGUUGCAAGUGUAUUACUGAAAGCUUGGAAGGAAUCAGAUGACAAAGCAGAUAUUGAUCUGAUUCUGGGUGGGAUGGCUGCUUUGAACGAAGAAAUUUCAUGGUUCAAAACGGAAGCUUCCAAGUGGAGCAUUGCUUUGGAAAGUGUCGUGCCUCAACAGGUUAAUCUCGAUUACUGCAGAUUCUUGGAGAGCUUCAUGGGCCCUGACGUGGACUAUACACAAGCCAUAACAGCAUUUUGGCUAAUCGAAACAGUUUAUCAAGACAGCUUUGCUCACUGCUUGGAGGAAGGCUCUAAAACUCCCGAAGAACUAAAAGAAACUUGCCAGAGAUGGGGAAAUGACGGUUUUGGUCAGUAUUGCCGUGCCCUUAAAAGCAUAGCAGACCGUCGACUGGCAAAGGCUUCUGAUGACGUGGCAGCCAAAGCCGAGUUAAACUUGAUAAGGAUACUCGAACACGAAGUUGAAUUUUGGAACAUGAGUCGAAGGGCAGUUUAAAAAUUUCUGAGAUAUUUUAUGUAAUGCAUGUUAUAAAGUUGAUAGAUCUUGUGUGUUUGUGUGAUUGAUCCACACUUAUUAGCUUUUGUUGCCAUAGGAAAUCAGCCUGCAUCUUUUGUUUUUAAAGCAGUGUAGCAGUUUCUGUAAAGUGUAGUUACUUUUGAGUUAUGUAUAUGAUAAUCCUACUCUUAUUGUAAUUUUACCAAAUCUCUGUGAUA